AUGUCAACGACCUUCCCCGGACUUGUCCACGACGCAGAGAUACGUCACGACGGAUCAAACAGCUACCGGCUCAUGCAGCUCGGUUGUCUGGAGUCCGUGGCCAACUCCUCGGUCGCCUACUCCUCCUCCUCCCCGCUCACCUACCCGGCGCCGGCGGGGACGGAGUUUGCCUCGCCCUACUUCUCCGCCAACCACCAGUACACGCCCCUCCACCACCAGUCCUUCCACUACGAGUUCCAGCACUCCCACCCGGCCGUGGCCCCGGAGGCCUACGGGCUCAACUCCCUACACUCGGGCCAGUACUACCAGCAGCUCCAUCAUGGAGAACCGGCAGAUUUCAUCAACCUGCACAACGCGCGCUCGGCCCUCAAGUCCUCGUGCCUGGACGAGCAGCAGAGGCGCGAGCUCGGUUGCCUCGACGCUUACCGGCGCCAUGACCUGUCGUUGAUGACGUCACACGGCUCCCAGGCCUACGGCGUCGGUAUGCACCACGCGGACCAGAGGCUGCUGCCCGCCGCCGGCCUGGGCCUCUCUACGCCCGGGGGAGACGACCUGCAGGGCUCCGUGGAAGCGCAGUGUGGGCUCGUGCUGAACGGCCAAGGGGGCGUCAUCCGGAGAGGAGGAACGUGCGUGGUGAAUCCCACAGAUCUGUUCUGCUCGGUACCGGGUCGUCUGUCGCUGCUCAGCUCCACCUCCAAGUACAAAGUGACCAUCGCCGAGGUGAAAAGAAGACUGUCCCCUCCAGAGUGCCUCAACGCCUCCCUACUGGGCGGCAUACUGCGCAGAGCAAAGUCUAAGAACGGAGGCCGGUGUCUUCGUGAGAAAUUAGACCGUCUAGGCCUCAACCUGCCGGCAGGACGGAGGAAAGCCGCCAACGUCACACUGCUCACCUCCCUGGUGGAAGGUGAGGCGCUCCACCUGGCGAGGGACUUCGGCUACACCUGUGAGACAGAGUUUCCCAGCAAGGCGGUGGGGGAACAUUUGGCGAGGCAGCACAGCGAGCCGAAAGAAACCAGCGCACGCAAGAAAAUGGUUCUGGCUACAAAGCAAAUCUGUAAGGAGUUCCAGGACUUGUUGAGCCAAGAUCGUUCUCCUCUGGGCUCCUCCAGACCGACCCCCAUCCUGGACCUGGACAUCCAGAGACACCUCACACACUUCAGUCUGAUCACUCACGGUUUCGGCACGCCGGCGGUCUGCGCAGCUCUCAGCACCUUUCAGACAGUCCUGAGCGAGAUGCUCAACUACCUGGACAAAAACUCGAGCGGGAAAACGAGCGGACCCAACGACCAACAGAUCAACAACAGCUCGGAAAAGUCGCAGCUCCGGAAAACAGCCGAGCCCCAGAGCAAAGACGGGAAAACAGAAAAGACUGAGUAG